GCCAAUCACUACUAUUUACUCACAAGCCGGCAGGUUUUGCGUCUUCCCACCCUGCCAUACACUUGCCAAGAGCUUAUCAGUCAUAGCUCUUCCUCCAGCUGGCCGUCGAUCCAUGACUCGGAGGCUAGGACGGGUGGUUUGGUAGGGUCUAGGUAUUUGCAGGAGGCUAGUGUCAACGAUAAGAACAACCGUGGUGAGGGACAGCGGGAGAAAUGCUUACAAUUGGGUCAGCCCUAUUGCGUGUGGAAUACAGCGGUACAGCGAUGUCGAGUUCCCAAGCCAGUAAGGCUGCGAGCCGCGUCGGCUGAAAGGCGUACCUCAUGGGGAAGCACGCUCACUCAGAUGACUGACGGGCUUUCGUUCAGUAUGCAGGAGGAGUCUGGCUCUUUCAUAGACUGUGAGUUUAUCCUGCUUUCGAAUGCUUUUGAAUCCAAAAAAGGCAGGAUAAUUAUUUUAGAAUGA